AUGAGUUGCAAGGACCCCAGAUGUGACUGCCAGCCAGCACCCAAACAAACGCCGAGAAAACUCAAGCUCUUCUUGUACGGUGCCAAACCGGAACAAAAACGUGCACUGCACCAGUCCGGCGCUGAACUCGACGUGGUCUUUGAUUUGAUCGGGAACGUUCUAAUCCUGCGCGAAACCAUCAAAGAUCCCGAAAGACUCGAAACAGCCUGGAUUCUCAGCGUGCACAUCGACUGUUCGAAAAUGCAUCUGAUCAAUCUCAGAGGGCUCAAAGAAGGCUCGCUCCAACUGUCACUGCAAAUGCGACGCUCGGCCUGUUCUGCGAAAGGCAACAAGAUGCUUAUCAAGGAGACGUUCCACGGAUUCGCUCCCUUUCAUCUCGGAAGCAGACUUUUCGACGACUUCUAUUCCUGCGGAUGGCCGCAGCAGCGAAUCGACCUUUUCCUACCUGAGGAACGUAUCAGAGGCUGGAAAACCGUGGCCCUUAUCCUCAGGACGUUCAAAGCGAUCUCGGCAGCCCAGGCGUGCCAUAUAGCCAACAUCACUGAGGCUCCUUCUGUUGCUGUUCUGGAUUGGAGAGGGAUUCGGGACCAUCUCGGGGCCAUGGAGAACAAGAAAUCUGAGGAUACAGUCAAGGAUAAGAAGACUCGCUUUACUUCCAAGGAGGGCAAACUCAAAUCGAUGCAUCGGAACUCGAUGGUUCUGGAGGAUAAAGUGGGAAUAUUGCCGGGUUUGGUUUCGACUGUAGCCUGCUGA